UUUCCUCCCCUGACUACCACCCUCUAUUCAGUCAGACGCAAGGCGACCUUCUCCUAGGCGUGUACUCCGAACAGCUAUUUUUCAAUCGACAAACAUGGCGGGAGACUCGGGGAAGAUGAAAAUGUACUGGUAUCCCACCUACCGGUCUGUGCGAACAAUAUGGCUUAUCAAAGAACUAAACGCAGAGAAAGACUUUGAUUUGGUCCGCUUCAGUCCCGGGGACGAUGCCGCUGCUGAUGUCGCCUACCGCAGGGACGUCCACCCCCACUGCACCAUCCCUGCUCUAGUUGGUGCAGGAAAUAUGCCCAUCCUGGAGUCUGGAGCCAUCUGCUUGUACCUGGCCGAUAGAUACGGCAAACUCGUGCCUGACCCCAAGGACAGGGCAGAUUACUACAGCUUCAUCCUCUACGUCACGUCCACCAUCGACGGGAUCCUGGACUUCUUCUACGAACUGUGGGACCUCAACAUGACGUUCACCGAAGACAAGGUCAAGAAGAUGAGAGAUAGGUUCAACGCUUGCCUAGACUUUAUCACCAGGAGGUUGGAGGGCAGGCAGUUCAUCUGUGGAGACAAGUUCACUGCAGCUGACUGCGUCCUUGGCUACGUCACCUAUUACGCAACGGUGUUGAAGGACGGAGAGUUGCUUGCCAACCAUCCCACCAUCCGGGAGUACCGCGACCGCCUCCAAGCGAUGCCAAGCUACCAAGCCACUGUCAAUAUGAAGUAGUUCCUCAAGCCACCCGUGCCUUGUGACCAACCAUUUUAGCUUUACUAGACACAACAACAACAUUCAGUCACUUUGUCAAGACAUACCAUAUGUUUCUCUAAACACAGAAACCAAACAAUGUUUAGAAGACACUUCUGUGUAUGCAAUAUCCACAAUAUAAAGUCUAGGCCUUAAUUAUUUACAUCUGGAACUAGUCCGUUUUUCGUGAUAGUGUUACAUGCAUUUUAUUUAUGAAUUGAUUCCCGUGAUUCAUAUAUGUGAUACAGAUUUAGUGCAUAAUGUAGACACACACAAAUAAACUCUUGUUUUGUAUUG